AUGAGUAAAAAUGCGGGAGAGAGCCAGGCAGACGACUAUGUCGUCUUGACGGCUGGCCCGACGCUGGGAGACGCGGCGUCGACGGCCACUGCGGCUCUGUCGUCUGUGAAGAAGACUGUAGCAGGACCAGAGAGUGAAGGACGUCGAUGGAGACGCAUUUUCGACUCGAAUGCCGUCGAAGUCAACGGCGAGCGAUACUUGAAUCGGGAAGCAUUUGUCAAGGCUAUUGUCCCGGCCUCUGGUGACGGACACAAGAUUGAAGAGGCCCAGUACGGCGUCCUCUUCACAGUUGCUGACCAGUCAAAGCGUGGAAUGGUCUCCUGGGACGACUUUGUCGUCUUCCAGACUCUGCUCAAACGCCCCGACGCAGAUUAUCUUAUUGCAUUCAAGUUUUUCGACGUAGAUGGCUCCGGAAGUAUCGACCUUAAUGAAUUCAAGAACGUUUUCGCUGCCACUCUGGGAGCCGACGCUCUUCCUUUCAAUUUCGACUGCGACUGGGUCAAGCUUCACCUGGGAAAGCGCGAUGGGACGCACGUCCUCGGCUACAACGAAUUUACGCAAUUAAUGAAAGGACUGCAAGACGAGCGCCUCCGACAAGCAUUCAAAUAUCUCGAUUCGAACCAGGACGGCUUCAUCACUCCCGACCAAUUCAAACGCAUCAUUCUCGAGCUGGAAGGACAUAAAUUAUCAGACUCAGUUCUCGAACGUUUACCAACUCUUUGUGCCCUCUCGCCAGGAGGCAAGAUUUCAUACGCUGAGGUCGUCGCAUUCCAUAAUGUUAUCAAGAGUAUGGACAUGGUCGAGCGUGUAAUUCGAGAAGCAACGGCCAAAUCCAAGGACGGUCGAAUUUCGCAGGAUGACUUUCUGAAUUACAGCGCACGGGCAACACGAUAUGGUCUCUUCAGCCCCAUGGAAGCUUCCAUUAUCUUCCACUUUGCUGGAAGGGGUGACGGUCGACAAAGGCUUGCACUCCUUGACUUUGCCCAGCUUCUCGACCCUCGAUGGCAGCCGCCGAUGGAAAUCCAGAAGCCCGCGACAACGGCAAAGUCGAUUUUGGAGACAGUCGGGGAGUCAAUGUUCAACUUCUGCCUCGGCGGUAUUGCUGGCGCAUUCGGUGCCACCAUCGUGUACCCAAUCGAUUUAGUCAAGGUAUCGAUGCAAAACCAGCGCUCCACAGUCGUCGGUCAAUUGCUGUACAAAAACAGUCUCGACUGUGUACGAAAAGUCUUCCGAAACGAAGGUCUUCUGGGCUUUUACAGAGGUCUCGGGCCUCAGCUAGUCGGUGUAGCUCCGGAAAAGGCCAUCAAGCUGACGGUCAACGACUUUGUUCGUUCGAGAACAUCCGACCCGGAGACAGGUAGAAUCAAACUUGGAUGGGAGAUAGUGGCCGGAGGUACUGCUGGUGGCUGCCAAGUGAUCUUUACCAAUCCCUUGGAAAUUGUCAAGAUUCGAUUACAGGUUCAAGGAGAGCUUGGUGGUGUCAAGCGAGGUGCAGGUCACAUCAUCAAAGAGCUCGGUCUCCUUGGCCUCUACAAGGGAGCCUCGGCAUGUUUGCUCCGUGACAUUCCAUUCUCGGCUAUUUAUUUCACUGCAUACGCACAUCUUAAAAAGGACGUCUUCCAUGAGGGACACAAUAACAAAAAGCUCUCAUUCGGCGAAACCCUCGCGGCUGCUGGUAUCGCCGGCAUGCCUGCCGCGUAUCUUACGACCCCUGCCGAUGUCGUCAAGACUCGCCUGCAAGUCGAAGCAAGAAAGGGCGAAACCAACUACAAGGGAAUUGUAGACGCCUUUAAGAAGAUUUUCAGAGAAGAGGGCUUCAGGGCUCUAUACAAGGGUGGUCCUGCUCGAGUGAUCCGGUCCAGUCCUCAAUUCGCCGGCACCCUUCUUGCAUUUGAGACAUUGCAAAGCUCUUUCCCGUAUCCAUGGGCUGAGCAACCCAAGAAGAUCGAUACUGCGCUAACUCGAGCAAUUUCUGGUGACGAAGAUUUGGCAAACAUUCGAAGCCGAAACGCACUCAAGAUUCUGUUGGACGUUCAUGGGGACAUUGGCCGUCGACCGCAAUGA